AUGUCCUCCGAGCCCUACACCGAGUCCUGGCGCGACGGCCCGCUCGCCACCAAAUUCUACACCCGGCUCUACCUCCCGCCCGCCGGCGUCGCCCCCGUCGCCGUCCUCACCUUCGUCCACGGCUACAUCGAGCACGUCGGCCGCUACACCGCCGCGCACGCCGCGUGGGCCGCCGCCGGCGUCGCCGUGUUCGCCUACGACAUGCGUGGCUUCGGCCGCACCGCGCUCGGCGACGCCCGCAGCCCGGCCAGCCAGUACGGCAAGACGGGCGGCGUGCGCGAGCGCACGAUGGAGUCGACUGGGCGCCCGCUCGUGGGGGUCGCCCGCCGCCACCAGCCGUACAUCGUCCGCAAGCUCGCCGUCCUCCUUGGGAAGCUCGCUCCGAACGCGGUCAUCAAGACGCCUGUGCAGGACAAGGACCUCUCGCAUGACGAGAAUGUCGGCCCCGAUAGCUUGAAGGACCCGUACAUCAAAGGUUACGGCAGGCUUGAGGGCCUCAUUGACAUGAUUCACCGGGGCGAGGUUCUCAUCUGGGAGGGUUACAAGUUGUGGCCUUCAGACGAUUUACCGGUCCUCAUCCUCCACGGUACAGCCGACCAAGUGAACGCGUUCCCGCCGACGAAGAAGUUCUUCGAGAUGCUCCAGGCGCCCAACAAAGAGUUCAUCGUUUACGAGAACAUGAUGCACGACCUCAUGACAGAGCCCGAGAUCAAGGAAAAGUACUUCCAGGACUGCCUCUCCUGGGUCCAGAAGCACCUGUCCCCUCCCGCAGCUCCCGCGGGACCCGCCUCGGAUUCAACCGCGCCGGCCGUCUGA